UCAGCCGUGCGUAACCGAUAGACGGUGGAAUGAUCUAGCGUGGGGUAUCCCGACACGACAUCGAAAACCGUGACCAGCCCCCCACCUUUCGUCCGCGAACCCGCGCUCCAGCGACCUUGAAAACGACGGCACUGGCGCCGGACCCCAUCCAGCCAUCCCCGCGCCUACCAGCCGUGACCGGUCGUUGUGCACCCGUUCCAGGAUGGCGUCUGCCGUUGCGGUCUAGCCGGAGCAAGCCAGCGCGCCGGCCAUGACGGGGAGCCGGUACCCGGGCGGGUGGCAGCCGAAUCCGCGCGCCGCGCCCUACGUGCCGCGCCGGCUGGCCGCGGCGCCGACGCCGCUGCUGCCGCCGCUGCUGCCGCUCGGCAGGCGCUGCUCCCUCUCCAGACUGUGCCAGAGAGGGCUGGUGGCUGUUAUCAUCGUCACCAUCGUCAUCAACGUGCUGUUCAUCUUGGACACCAGCAGGAAGCUGCGAGCGCGCUCCAAGGGCUUCGGCGACACGGACGGCUUGGUCCGCUCCGGCCGCGGCAACAGCCUGCGCCUGCAGCAGAGCGCCGCUAAGAGUCUGACGAUCGAGGCCUACUCCAGCCAGGCCCGAGCCGCAGUCAUGGCCGACGGCGCAACGAUUCUGGAGCACAACAACGAGCGGCACGGGCCGCGGCGUGCACGUGAUGGUGCUGGCACCAGGCGAGCGGCGCCGUGA